CAUCAUUAAUCAUCACUAUUUUUUUCUGAUUUAACAAACAGUUUUGAUAAAGAUGUUAAGAGGAAUAAUUCCACAUACGAGACCAGCGAGGGUUUUGGGGGCCAGAUGGUUGUCAUUCAAAACAUAUCCCACCCCUAACCCAGAUGCAUUGAAAUUCGUUUCGGUAGAGAAGGAGAUAUUACCAUUAGAAAACAAGACCUUUGAAUUCACAUCUUCAUUACAAGCCAUUCACUCUCCCUUGGCAUUGAAGUUGUUCAAGUUGCCCGGAGUCAAGUCCGUGAUGUUGGGGCCCGAUUUUUUGACCGUCAACAAACAGGAUCAUGUGAAUUGGCUGAACUUGAGACCCGAUGUCACUGAGUUGAUGGAUAAGUUUUUAACCGAUGGCAAGGAUCCCGUUAUAACCAGAGAGUUGAUAGACGAAACACAACGUCAAAUGAGUGCUGAUGAGGCUGAUGACCUGGAGGUGGUUUCAAUGAUCAAAGAGUUGAUAGAAACCAGAAUAAGACCUGCCAUUCAAGACGAUGGUGGGGACAUUGAAUACAAAGGAUUUGAUGAAGAAACCGGUACCGUGUUUUUGAAGUUGCAGGGAGCUUGUAAAUCAUGUUCUUCGAGUGAAGAUACUUUGAAGCAUGGAAUGGAGUCGAUGUUGAAACACUAUAUUGAAGAAGUGGAGAACAUCGAGCAGAUCUUGGACCCAGAGGAAGAAAUAGCCCUCAAGGAAUUCGACAGGUUGGAGGAGCAAAUUAAGGCUAGAAAGGUCGCCAGACUGUCAGGUUCUUCUUCUGUUGCACCACCAGCUUUAUGAUUUAUGGUGCCCACUCAUUUGCAUUCUCUCUCCCUCCAUAUUUAUCUAUUUAUAAGGUGUACAUUACGACAAAAUAUAUUUAUUCUAACUUG